GCGAGACAGAGGCCGGAGAGCUACGAGGGUGCUGGUGCCAGAAGAAAAGCAUGAUUGAUGGGAAAAAGACACUGGCCGUCGGACACUCAUCUCUUUGCUUCGGAUGCUGAUUUAUCAGUGCGUCUGAGCGUCCCCCGUGAGCCGCCACCACGGAGGAUCACUCAGGGUUAUCUGAAGACCUGCAGCUUCUUGAGCUGUUAUCUGCCCCUGGACACGUGGUACAAGAAGCCCUGCUAGAUAAGUUGUAAGAGAAAGGACAAGCUGCACAUUGCUGUGAAGGGCCGUUGUUUGGGGAUUGUGGCUUCUACCAAAGUCUUCAACGUAGUAAAGCAAGCACCGUAUUCUAAUGCUUCGCGUUUGAGUUGGAACCCAUUUUACAAAAUAYAUACGUGUACAUACAUGCGUAACCUAUAGACUGCACGUACGCCAGUACUGAGUAUACUUACAAAGGUGACACAAAAGGAUUUAGAGAUGUAUUUAUCAAGAUUCCUGUCACUUCACGCCCUCUGGGUUACGGUGUCUUCGGUGAUGCAGCAUUAUCCUUCCGUGUGGGGCCAUUACGAUGUGUGCAAGACUCAGAUUUAUACGGAGGAAGGGAAAGUUUGGGAUUACAUGGCCUGCCAGCCAGAAGCCAGAGAUAUGAUCAAAUACGUCAAAGUGACUCUGGAUCCGCCAGACAUAACGUGCGGGGAUCCUCCGGAGACCUUCUGUGCAAUGGGGAACCCCUACAUGUGCAAUAAUGAAUGUGAUGCAAGUACCCAAGAACUGGCUCACCCUCCAGAGCUGAUGUUCGAUCUCGAAGGCAGGCACCCCUCCACGUUUUGGCAGUCCACAACUUGGAAGGAUUAUCCAAAGCCUCUUCACGUUAAUAUUACUCUCUCCUGGAACAAAACCAUUGAGCUGACUGAUAACAUAGUUAUCACGUUCGAAUCCGGCCGUCCGGACCAAAUGAUCCUGGAGAAAUCCCUGGACUAUGGGCGAACAUGGCAGCCCUACCAGUAUUAUGCCACAGACUGCUUAGAUGCUUUCCACAUGGAUCCAAAAUCAGUGAGGGAUUUAUCACAGCACACGGUCCUAGAAAUCAUUUGCACAGAAGAAUACUCUACUGGGUACAUGACAAACAGUAAAAUAAUCCACUUUGAAAUCAAAGACAGAUUUGCUUUCUUUGCUGGACCUCGACUUCAUAAUAUGGCUUCUCUGUAUGGCCAGCUUGACACAACCAAGAAGUUAAGAGAUUUCUUUACCAUCACUGACCUGAGGAUACGAUUACUUAGGCCAGCAACUGGAGAAAUAUAUGUAGAUGAGCAGCACCUGGCACGCUACUUUUAUGCAAUUUCAGACAUAAGGGUAUAUGGAAGGUGUAAGUGCAACCUUCAUGCUACUGGCUGUAAAGAAGAAAACAAAAGACUGCUUUGUGAAUGUGAGCAUAACACAACUGGUCCAGACUGUGGAAAAUGCAAGAAAAAUUACCAGGGCCGACCGUGGAGCCCUGGCUCCUAUCUCCCCAUACCGAAGGGCACUGCUAAUAUCUGUAUACCCAGUAUUUCCAGUAUUGGUAAUCCUCCAAAGUUUGAUAGGAUUUGGCCGAAUAUUUCUUCCCUUGAGGUUUCUAAACCAAAUCAAGUUGCUCCCAAAUUAGCUAUGUCAACUGUUUCUUCUGUUCAAGUUGCAAACCACAAGAGAGACUGUGAAUGCUUCGGCCACUCCAACCGGUGCAGUUACAUCGAGCUGCUCAAUACGGUCAUUUGCGUGAGCUGUAAGCACAACACUAGAGGUCAGCACUGCGAGUUAUGCAGGCUGGGCUACUUCAGAAAUACCUCUGCAGAGCUGGACGAUGAAAAUGUGUGCAUAGACUGUUAUUGUAACCCUUUUGGGUCAGUCCAUGAUCGCUGUAAUGACAGAGGAUUUUGUGAGUGUAAGGAGGGAACAGCAGGGCCUAAGUGUGAUAAGUGUCUGCCGGGAUAUAUCUGGCGCAGCUUGGGCUGCCAACCCAACGUGUGUGACAACGAGCUGCUGCACUGCCAGAACGGAGGGACGUGUGUCAACAACGUGCGCUGCCACUGCCCGCCGGGCUACACGGGCAUCUUGUGUGAGAAGCUCAAGUGCGAGCGCGACGUGGGCGGCUGCAGCCCGAGCUCGGCGCCGGCGGCAGUGCUGUGGGGGCCCGCAGCCUCACUCGCCACCCUGCUCGCACUCACAGGACUGCUCCUCUUCUAGAGGCRUCGGGUGCCACUGCUCCCGGCACAGCGGGAACCGUCGCCGCUAAAACAUCGGGAGAGACCACUGGGAGCGAGCGGAAAGGCCCGAGCGGACUAAGCCAUAGGGGCCGGCGAGCCCCGCAGCGGCUUCGAGGGCCUGAGGCGCCGAGGGAGCGGCACAGAGGCGAUUCUUUGCUGUCAGCGCAUUGCGGGCGCGAGGAGCCCCGCUGGGGCCGCCUCCUGGGCCCGAGUGCUCCCAGCGCGUGCUUUAGUGACCGUUGCUCUGUAACCCCUGUCGGUUGAACGAUUUCUUUGUCUGAUGUUAGUGAUGCACAUGUGUAACAGCCCCCCCAAUAAAAGUCGAGCCCGUCAGACCCCUGCAAACCUCCGCGGCACGAGGCCGGCACAAGGCCGCGCUCACCUCCCCUACGAGAGUGGCUGUAGGACAACAAGUGUAUUUAUCCUUUUGUAUUCAAAUGAAGUUAUUUUUCUUGAAAUAAGAUGUACAAUGUAGAUUUUUUGUAUUAUUGCCUAUUUGUGUUACCAGACAAUUUGUUAAUGUAUUUAAUUCUAAUCAGAUAAGAGGAAAAAAAUAUUACUUUUUAUUUAGUCCUUUUCUUUUUUUCUUUUCCUUUAAUUGUGCAGAGAUUUCUCUGUAUGGGCAACGUGCUGGCAUCAAAGAAUAUCAGUUUACAUAUAUAACGAGUGUAAUAAGAUUCCACCAAAGGACAUUCUAAAUGUUUUCUUGUUGCUUUAACACUGGAAUAUUUCAAAGAAUAAAAAUUCCUGCAUAAACAACUCUAGGAACAUGUAUUGCUAUUUCUUAACCCUUCUUAGAAAACUGAAAAUUGUGAUCGUUGGUCAUCACCUGGUGAUGUGGAAGAAACUCGGACUGAAUAACAGAAAUUGCAUCACGACAAUCUCACCCAGGUUCAUUUUACUAUUAUCUUGACUGUUUUGGCUAACAGCUCUAAACAUAAAGGC